AUGGCUCUUAUGGAGAAAAGGAAGGCACAAAAUAGCAACAAUCAGUCCUUUAAUACUAUUGAAAGAGAGGGACACAUUGUGGCAGCUGCAGAAGAUCCAAUGAAUAAAAGAGCUAUUUCUGAAAUAGUUAAAGCUGAGUUUCAGAGGCUAGUGGCAGAAAAUAACAUCAACCAAUCUUCCUUUGAUCAAUUUUCAGGGACUUCAUCAACACAGAUUGCUGAAGUAAAAAGAUAUCUUGAUCAACUCUUCACCAUCAAAGACUUGGGACCUGCUAGGUACUUUCUUGGCCUUGAAAUAGCUCGAGCUAGUGAAGGAAUUGCACUCACUCAAAGUAAGUAUGUACAAGAUAUUGUACAUGACUUGAAACUCACAGAAGCUCGCAGCACUGCCACACCUUUGCCGCCAGGAUUUAAACUGACUUCCACUUUAGAUCAGCCUCUGCCUCAGCCAGCCAUGUAUAGAAGACUAGUGGGUAGAUUGCUCUACCUAAAUUUCACAAGGCCUGAUAUCUCCCACACCGUGCAACAGCUCAGCCAAUUUGUACAAUCUCCCUGCAAGAACCAUUGGGAUGCAGCCACUCAUGUGGUAAAAUACUUGAAAGGAUCUCCUCAAAAAGGCUUCUUCUUUCCUGCACACAUCAGCUCCAAUCUUGUUGCAUACUGUGAUACAGAUUGGGCAUUUUGCCCAAACACAAGAAAAUCUUUAGCGGGAUAUUGUAUUUUCUUAGGAAAAGCGUUAAUAUCCUGGAAAACAAAGAAACAAAAUAUUGUGUCUCGCUCUACGGCUGAAGCAGAGUAUAGAGCCAUGGGCACUACAUCAUGUGAAUUGGUUUGGGUUGCAGCACUUCUCCAGGAUCUUGGGAUAAAGGUUUAUUGUCCUAUACCGUUUUACUAUGAUAACAAGGCUGCUAUGCACAUUGUUAGCAACCCUGUGUUCCAUGAAAGAACUAAACACCUAGAAAUAGAUUGCCGUUUAGUACGCAACUAUUACAAGUUUGGUUUUCUUAAUCCAGUUUCUGUCUACUCUAAGGAUCAGUUGGCAGAUAUUUUUACCAGGCCAUUAAGAGGGCCGUUGUUUCAUUCAUUCCUUAGCAAGUUGGGACUCAUCAACUUCGUAGCUGGUCCAGCUUAA